GAAACAAUCAACCAAGGAUAUAUUGCCAGCCUCCUUCAUCUUCUAGUACUUCAAAUCCUUAAUUUUAUACCAUCAACGAAUUAUCUCCAGCUUUGGUUUGGUAAGGAUCAGUACAGAUUCAUUCAUUCUGUCAGCUCGAAAAGGGAUCAUGAAUGGGUUGUUACCGCUCACGGUGGUGGCCGCGGCGGCGAUCGCUGGAGUUUUAGCCCUCAUCGUGUUGCUCUGGUGGUGUCGCCGUUCAUCCAAACAAGACAAUGACUCCCAACAAACAAACAACGGGAGAGCCGAGAGUUUACAGUCCGGGGUUUCCAGGCUUCAAGACACGAAUCGGCUUCAUCGCCGUCUCGAUAUCAACAGUGGCAGAAAAGUGAAUUACUCCGUUUUCCGGCGCGACGCCUCGUCGAAGCCGCUGUUCAGCUGGGUCGAUCACCCUUCUCUCGUCACCGACGCAAUUGAGAAUGGCUGGUCCGGGUUCGCAUUUUCCGACCCGUUCGGGUCCUCUCCAUCGAUACGAUCGACCCGGUCGAAGUUGUUGGGUGCUUGCGCGACUGGCGAUCACGGAAGAGAAGUGGAGACGAGCUGGGAAAUUGGCGAUGGAUCGGCUGAUUACAUGCAGAAAAUCAAAUUCAGCAAUACAAAUUCUUCUAUGGCGGUGAUUAAAACGGGUUUGCCUUUGCCAGGUCCUCCGUUGGGAAACUCGUCUUUCCCGCAAGAAGCAUACUUCGAGAUCACGAUCUUGUCCUCUGGGGAAGAUGACAACGACCCAUUUGGUAACGGAAGGAGAACUGAUCAAGGAGAGAAGACGAAGCUCAUCCAAGAUUCUUCCAAGAGGAAACCAAAUUCAGAAUCUUUGGUGCAUGUGACAAGCGGCGGCCCUGGCAACAAUAAAUUGGAAGAACUGAAGGUUGCCGGAAAAGAGGGCGGCGAAGGCGAAGCGAUUAGGUUUACAAUGGGGCUUAGUAGAGGUGGCCAUCUUCCAACGAAGUUUCCUGGAAGCUAUCCGGGAUCAAUUGGCUUCAAUUCGGAUGGUUCUGUACAUCUCAACGGAAGCAAACUCAUCAUGGAAUCCGAAAAAGAAGAAUGGGUAAAAACAGGCAGAGUGGUUGGCUGUGGCUACAAUCCAAGCCAGAGAAAGGUGUUCUUCACAGUGGAUGCCGAAGUUGCUCAUGUAAUCAACUGCAAGUCCGAGGAAUUUGGAGCUCCACUCUACCCAACAAUGGCGGCAAACAUUAUCGACAUCCAGGUUAUAGUUAACUUUGGACAAAGUGCAUUCAAAUACGAACCUGCAAAUGCACAAAGAACUCCCAAUCCUUGCUUCGUUGGCCCUCUUGCAAGCUCUCCUCCUCUGGGCUAUGAAGACAGCAAAGAGCUUUUCUCCAUGGGAAGAAUUAAUUCUCAGUGGCGGAACCAACACGCCGCCAGAAGUACUGGCAACAAAACCUUGGAUUUUGACGAAGAAUCUGAGGCUGAUUUGUUUGAAAUUGUCUUGGAUAGUUCUGGAAGGUCCCCAAACACGGUCUUGAAGUGAGAUUAAAAGAAAACAAAAGAACAUUUAUAUAUGUCAGCGCUAGCUGUUUCAUAUACAAAUUAAGGAUUCGAUCUUGAAAGCCGAUUAGUUUAUUGACAACAGCUUGCAAAUUGCAAUAGGGUCAUCCGCAAGGGAUGUACGCAUAUUGCUGGCCAUGUCUGUCUGUUUCUUGUAAAGAGAAUUACUAGAGAUUCAUUCUUUUUGUAGGAAGAGGAGAGUUAUUAAAUGCUCAACAUUAAAAAUGUUGUGACAAUGACACAUCUAUAAUUUAAACCA